AUGGUUGAGAAGUAUAAUAAUUUCACUUUGAAAAUGGAAAACAGUGAGAAGAAAGAGUUAGACAUAGAGACUUUUGAUCCAGAAACAGCUAGGAAUAUGACCGAACCUUCAAAGCAGUACCUUUGCAAACUCUCUGAUAAUACUUAUAAUAUCCAAUUCCUGCGUUAUAAGAUCAGGGACAUGGAUUCUGGAAUUACUUUGGUGGAUAUACAGGAUGAAGCACCAGAGGACUUGCCUGUUAACGAGGAUCUAAUCCAGGAUGAAGACAGGCUACUCAGAUACCAGUUUGGUCCGGACUUUCUUGAGCUCAAAAAUAUUGGCACCACUCUUGAAUUCUCCGUUGGAGACAAAGAAGUCAAAGAUUUAGUAAUGAUCGAAAAACAUUAUUUCAAGGACGAACUUCUCAAACAAUAUGAGUUUGAUUUCAAGUUUUGAAUUCCUAAUACACAGAAUUCUUGGGAGAUCAUCUACGAGCUGCCUGAUGUGGAAGACAAGAAGCGUGAGAUCAUCGCAUCUCCAUGGGAGACGAAGUCAGAUACUUUCUUCUUCGUGCAAGGAAAGCUUGUCAUUCAUACAAGAGCAUUGUACGAUUAUUCUCCAUUUGAGCCUUCUAUAUAA